CCCAAGGCGCGCGCUGGGCGCGACUUCUACGCGGCGCUGAACGUCAAGCGCGACGCCUCCGAGGAUGACAUCAAGCGCGCGUACCGACGGCUCGCGCAGGUGGCGCACCCCGACAAGCAGGCCUCCCCCGCGCUGCGCGAGGCUGCCGCCAGGGACUUCAACCGCCUGAACGAGGCCUACGAGGUGCUCACGGACAAGGACAGAAGGCGGAUAUACGACGUCUACGGCGAGGCGGGGCUCGCCGCGGGCCUCGAAGUCGGCCAUCGGCACAAGACCAUCGCGGAGAUCAGCGAGGAGUUCGAGCGCGCGAGGGCCAAGGAGGCGCAGCAGCGCAUGGAGGCCAAGCUCAACUUCCGAGGCUCCUACGGCUUCUCAUUCUCCGCGGCGCACCUCGUCGACGCCGAGAUCGCGCAGCGCAGGCGGUACGUCGCGUACAAGCGCGGCGCGAAGCUCUCGUCGGGCGUCCUCGACGACCGCGCGACGGGGUACGUCGGGGCGCAGGGACAGAUGAGCCGCGGGAUGGGUGCCGGGGGGUUGAUACUCGGCAUGCGCGUGGCGGCGAGCGAGCACACGAGCUGGGAGCUCGCCACGGUUCUCGGGUCGAACCAAUCCGCCGCGACGCUGGCGACGACGAGGCAGCUCUCGGAGCACACGGCGGGCAACCUGACGUAUUCGUACUCGGACGCGCAGGGCGGCCUGGGGUUGGCCGUCGGCCUAGAGCGGGCGCUGUUCGACGAGCACACCAAGGGUAGUUUGAGCUGGAACGUCGGGCCGACGAGCGGGAUGUCCACCGGGGUUGCGCGAACGAAGGGGAGGAACAGCUGGAAGUUUGACCUCUCCGUGGGCCCGGCGUCUACCGGGAUAGCCGGGUUCUUCGCGCGACGGUGGUCGAAGAAGACGUCGUUCAGGUUCGGGUUCAGGGCUGGAACGACGGCGAUCGACGUGGACUUCGGGGGCACGCGAAGGGUCGGGCACGAUUCCGCGGUGGGCAUGAGCGUCGCCGUCGGCAUCCGCGGCGUUCACCUCAAGCUUCGGUUCAACCACAGCGGCCAGCGGUUCAGCUUCCCCGUGCUCAUCUCGCCGUACCAGCGGCUCACGCCGACGAUCGUGGCGUGCGCGCUCGCGUUGCCGUGGACGAUCGUUUUCGCGGUCGACAGGUACCUGGUAUCGCCCGCCGUCGCGAAGAAGGAGGCGACGGCCAAGGCAAAGUUGAGGGAACGACACAGGGAACGCGUCGCGGCGGCAAAGGCGGAGGCGGCGGAGGCGGCUGAGAUGCUGCGGCGGGACACGGAGAAACGGACGGAGAAGGAGAGGUCCGUCAACGGGCUCGUCGUCGAGGAGGCGGUGUUCGGUAACUUCCCGGAGCGAGGGGGCGUGCCGCGGAGGGGCGAACCCAUCGUGUCGGGUUGGGGUUCCGGGGGCGACGACGACGCGUGGGUCGACGUGACGACGGCGCUGAGGUUCCAGGUGUUCGACUCGAGCCUCGACAUGAUCGAGGGGCUGGACAAGGCCGGGAUGCUCGGGUUUUGCGAUCCGUGCCCCGGGGAGGAGAAGUUUUUGCGCGUCAGGUACAGGUACAGGGGCGCGAUGUGCGAGGUCACCGUCGGGGAGAACGACGCGCUGGCGCUGCCC